AUGGAUGCGCUUCAGGGCACCACCGCCAAGGCCUUUCUCGCCAUGACUUCGUAUGUUCCGACGCAGGCGACGCAGACCUUUUGCUCGAUCGCCACUUCGGUCUCCAUCCUGAACGCGCUGACGAUGCAGGAAGUCGACAAACGCCCCGUCACGGAGACGUACGCUCCGUAUCCCUACUUCACGCAGCAGGACUUCGUGAACAGCCCGUGCGUUACCAACGUGACUUCGGAUGUCGACCACUGUGGCACCACACUCUCCCAGCUCAACGCGAUCCUCAAGUGCAUCGAUCCUAGCCGCACGAUCUCCAAGUACCACGCGUCGACAGCCUCGCUCGAUGAGUUCCGUCGCAAGGCGGUCGACGCCCUCUCCGGGCUCGGCGGUGUGGCGAUCAACUUUGACCGCAAGUCCCUUGGCCAGCCCGGCGGCGGGCACUGGAGCCCGCUCGGCGCUUACGCUGCCGCGAGCGACGCCUUCCUCCUUCUCGACGUCGCAAAGUACAAGCUGCCAUACGCUUGGGUGGCUGCGACGGACCUCUUCGCAGCGAUGAACACGAUGGACAACAGCGCGAACAUGUCGCGCGGCUUCAUCAUCAUUGCGUGA